GAUUUGAAGGAAUCUUCUCCGGAAGACGAGGUCAAAUUGUUCCACUCAUUUCAUCAUCAUCAUCAUCAUCUUCUUCUUCUUCUUCGAUGAGCUGAAUUUGGUUUCUUUUAAAAAAGAAACACCCUGGAAUCCCCUGUGACCUGUAAGUGACCUGCACGAUCUCCCCAUACUCGCAUUUGUUAUUUUUAGCAUCACCAGACGACCAUUUCUCUUCACGUUUCAUUCAUCCCUUUCUUUUUCUUUCUAAUUUCCAGGCUUAUCCUUGUGUGGGUUUCUCCAUUUCAUUUUCUUAGCUUCUUUUGUCUACCAAUUGGGUCGUUUUGUUUCCUUCUUCUUUGUCCUCAAACCAUAUAGUGGAUGGUCUUUUGACUUCUCCGGGCAUUGAAGCGAAAUGGGUCUUGACAACAAUGAAGACGGAAAUGGUUGUCCUGAGACCAAGAAAAUAGUUGGAGUUGAAGAAUAUGAAGGUUGGGAUGAAAGUAGAAAAAGGAGUGAGGGUUUUAUAUGUGCAGCAGCAGCAGCAGCAGAGGAUGAUGAAGAUGAAGAGGGAAGGAAGAUUGAGUUGGGUCCUCAGUGUACGCUGAAACAACAAUUUGAGAAAGAUAAGGAUGACGAAAGCCUGAGGAGGUGGAAGGAACAGCUUCUAGGGAGUGUGGAUAUUUCAGCUGUUGGAGAAACUUUGGAACCAGAGGUGAAGAUUCUUAGCCUAGCGAUUAGAAGCCCAGGAAGGGCAGACAUUGUUCUACAAGUUCCUGAGAGUGGGAAUCCAAAAGGGUCAUGGUUUACAUUGAAAGAAGGCAGCCGUUACAGCUUGAUCUUCACCUUCAAAGUUAGCAAUAACAUUGUUGCAGGUCUGAAAUACGCCAACACAGUCUGGAAAACUGGUGUCAAAGUCGAUAGCUCAAAAGAAAUGCUGGGAACUUUCAGUCCUCAGGAAGAACCUUACACACACGAAAUCCCAGAAGAUACAACCCCAUCUGGCAUUUUUGCUCGAGGAUCAUAUUCGGCCAAAACCAAGUUUGUUGAUGAUGACAACAAGUGCUACCUGGAAAUCAAGUACACAUUUGAUAUCAAGAAAGAUUGGCAAUCAUCUUAAAAGCAACAGGAUUGAUUCUCUCUCUUAAUGAUUGGUUUUGCAGCAUUUGAUCAAUGUCUCUUUUGAACCGCAUAAAUUUGGUUUCAGUGUCCAAAUAUUUCAUGUACUCUGUUUCUUUUGUCUCUUCAUUCUUUCAUGUACGUGCAAUGAGACUGAUGGCCUCAACCCUUUUCUCU